AUGCAACUUAUCUACAUCAAGAUGCAGGUUGUUGUUUUCAUCAUUGUUUUAACCUCGCUGCAAGUCUACUGGGGUGACUGGUCUCAGUGGUCCGAGUGUGAACGGCACUGCUCGAGCGCAAAGGGCGUCAACAGACGCGUCCGGGUGUGUUUCCGUUCAGCGAACGAUCAACAUCUAAUCCAGCCCUUCGCCGUAUGCAACGGCAAGCUAGAUGGCGAUUUCUCUGAAGAAAAUGAGUGCUAUGAUGUAAAGUGCGACGGAACAGGGGGCUUCGUCGGGACCUGGUCUGCAUGGGAGCCCUGGACCUGUACCUACAAGAGUGGUAUCUGCGGAGAUGGAAUCAACGUUAGGAUACGGUCCUGUACCAAGGCUGGGGACAGUGUAUCCCUCGACAGCAGUAUGCGGGUAGCAUCUGAGAACUGCCCCGAAGGUAGCGACACCGACGAAGAGAAAUGCUUCGCAAGAUGUCCCCCAAACACAAGAGCCGAUAAAUAUGGCGGAUGGAGCGACUGGACCUCGUGGGCAUGCACCAAAGGAUGUAAGCCUGGAUUGAAGGCUAGUCGUGAGAGAAAGUGCAAUAACCCCUUACCACUCAAAGGCUACUCCUGCCCUGGAGAGUCUUCAGAAAAAUCUCCUUGUGAAGAGUCAUGUAUAAAACAAUGGGGUGAAUGGCUACACUGGACUCAAUGUACCAAGACGUGUGAUCAAGCUAUGAGAGAGAGAACGAGAGACUGUAAGGGUACAGGAAAGCCUUGUGAAGGGGAAGUUAAGGAGACAAAACGGUGCCUGGAUCAGACGAGACAUCAGCUCUGUCCCCCAGUCGAUGGGAAGUGGUCAAUGUGGAGCUUCUGGACAGAAGGGUGCAGUGUGACCUGUGAACGAGGCGUCAGGGUCAGGGAAAGAAAAUGCAACAAUCCUCCACAAGCAGGCGUAGGCAAAGAUUGUAAAGGAAAAGCAAAUGACACGAUGCCCUGUACGAUCAACGUUCCGUGUCCUGUGGAUGGGAAGUGGGAGCCGUGGGCGCCAGUCAGGCACUGCUCCAAGGAUUGUGGGGGAGGGUCGGGGUACAGUAACCGGACCUGUACCCCUCCUAGAAACGGGGGCACACCAUGCGAAGGGAACUUUGAGAAUUUUGAGCUGCCGUGUAACAUUGAGGAUUGCCCAGAUGCUACUCUUCCUCCCGCACUUGCUAACGGCUUGAGGAAAUUGCUAGAUGAGAGUCAUGUGAAUCUAGGGAGAGACCCAGGGGAUAAUGCUUUGAUGGACUGUACUGCAGCUAUACGCAUCGUGCAUCAGAAUUAUUCAGAUGCUCGGAUAGAAUGGAGAAGGAACGGACAACGUCUUGCCAUAGACGGUGCACGGAUACAGCUGGACACCGGCAGACUGGUUUUCGAAGCAGUGAAUUCUGGAGACAACGGAGUGUACACCUGCCAAGCCGAAGCUGGAGGCGUAAAAAACGUCAUCCUAGCUGUGUUCAGUUUAGCAGUACCACCCGAGGCGCCAGACAUACAGGGGUAUGAGGCUGAGGGUUUGGAGAUACCUUGUAAUGGAGCGCAAUUGGGACUACUGUUUGAUGGCUUUACAACUCAGUGGUAUAAAGGAGAUAAACUCAUCAAAAGUUACGAAGAUGUUGAACCCGAAGAGGUUAACGUCGAACAUUUUAAGAACAUUGAUGAGAGGUAUGCAGGGGUGUAUAGGUGUGUAGUGAUACACUUUUCUUCACAGAGACAAUGGGUUACAAAUAUAGCACAGGUGGAAGUUCUGCCCAAGAGAGCAAUGCACAAACGCUUGAUGGCGAUGGCGAAAACUAAAGCGACGGGGUCGUCUUUUGUGAUGAUAGCCGGUGGUGUCGGCGGAGUCCUGGUCGUUUUCCUCAUCGGAUGCUGUAUCUGUGUCUGCUGCUGCUUCAGUGAAGAAGAUGACUUGGACAAGGAUAAAAGUUUUGACAGGGAAGCAGCGAAACCGUUACUCGGUGAUGGGGACAAGAAACGGGGCGGCAAACCAAGACCUGGCGACAUGUCACCGGCCAAGAAGGGCCCACCAUCGAGUCCUGCAAAGAAAGAGCCAGGUGGACCUCCCGGUGCCGCGAAGCCUGGAGCCCCUCCGUCCAAAGCUACCGGAAAAGGGCCACCGAAAUCUCCCGGGAAAGGAGCACCAAAACCUGCGGGAAAAGCACCUCCGAAAUCCCCAGGAAAAGGGCCACCGGGUAAAGCACCCUCUAAAUCCCCGGGUAAAGCACCCCCUAAAUCCCCGGGUAAGGCACCCUCUAAAUCCCCGGGUAAAGCACCCCCUAAAUCCCCGGGUAAGGCACCCCCUAAAUCCCCGGGUAAGGCACCGCCAAAGUCUCCAGGGAAGGCGCCCCCCAAAAAAUCUCCAGCAAAAUCACCGGCAAAAGCUCCAAACAAGUCUGCCAGUAAGUCUCCUCCUAAGUCAGCCAAGAAACCACCCGGCAAAGGACCAGCUAAGCCAGGGGUCAAGAUUAAAGGUGGCUCGCCCAAGAAGAAACCUGGAAAGAAAGUGUGACGUCGAGAUUCUCUGUGGUUGCAUGGUGAUCUUGAAAGUUCAAUGGUAGAUUCACUGAUUAUGCCUGUCAAGUUGUAUCGAAAAUCAACAUAGAUAGACCGUAUUACUCCUAGACUGCUCUAAAAGCUAAAUGGACAAUCGAAUCAAGAGAUAGUGCUUAUUAAGCAGUCAGGUAGGGUUACCUGGGCCUCAUCAAGAUAUUGUCAGUCCGGGCUAACGUGAGUUUGCUGAUCAUGGGAUAAUAACUUCUGUGUAGGUCUGUGAAAGUAGACGGGUAUGAUCCCAUGAGAUGUAAAUGUUGCGUAUCAAACGAAAUAAAAAGCUGUCG